GGGUGACGUAUAAAAGGGCUUGAGACGCCCCCACUCCAUUCCUAGGGCGUAAACGAAGGAAAGCACCAAGCCGUAGCAGAAGAAGGAGAAGAAGAGAAAAGAGGUCUCUCUCUGUCCAUUUUGCCACAAGGUAGGAGAUGGAUCGUUACCAGAGAGUGGAGAAGCCGAGGGAGGAGACGCCGAUUGACGAGAACGAGAUUAGGAUAACGAGCCAGGGAAGGAUGCGCAGCUACAUCACCUACGCCAUGACCCUGCUUCAGGAGAAAGAUUCGAAAGAAAUUGUGUUCAAGGCCAUGGGAAGAGCCAUCAACAAGACUGUGACUAUAGUGGAGUUAAUCAAGAGAAGAAUUGUGGGUCUUCAUCAGGUAACUUCCAUCGGAUCAAUAGAUAUAACUGAUAAAUGGGAGCCUUUGGAGGAAGGCCUUGUCACGUUGGAGACCACAAGGCAUGUAUCGAUGAUUACAAUAACUCUCUCAAAGAAGGAACUGGACACAUCGUCUGUUGGGUAUCAGCCUCCAUUACCUGCUGAGAUGGUGAAGACAUCAUCAGAGCUUUAUAUUGAAGGAGAGGGAUCACCUAACGGGCGAGGAAGAGGCCGCGGUGGCAGAGGAAGACCAAGAGGUAGAGGGAAUGGUUUUGUGAAUCAUGAGUAUGAUGAUGGAGGCUGGGACCGCAACCAGGGUUAUGCUAGAGGUAGGGGUCGAGGAAGAGGACGUGGUUUUCGUGGCCGCGGAAGGGGAGGAUACAAUGGACCUUAUGCUGAUACACAGCAAGACAGAGGAUACAAUCAAGAACCACCUGCUCAGAACCGCGGCCGUGGCCGUGGAAGGGGAACUCGCGGAAGAGGCCGUGGUUACAGAUCAAAUGGACCGAUCCAGGCAACUGCACAGGUUGCAUAAUGCAUUCCUAAAAGAUUGCGGUUCGAUUUUGAUAUGUGCUUUCUCCAUAUUUUACUACCGUCCUAUUUUCUGUGUUAAUCGAAUGACGUUUUGGCUAGGCUGUGUUUGUGUAACCAUUUUAGACUUGAUAGUGAUUAGGUUCUUGUGGCCAUUCUUUCUUUGCUGUAGAGAUAGGUGAUUGACAUGUUAAUUUUGACUGAGCAGCACAUUCUUUUAUUCUAAUAGUAAGGACUGACAUUGUCAG